GGGAGGUGGCAGUGAUUCAGGACAGUGACCAUGAAACUAAAGCUGUUGCCCCGUGAUUCUAAAGUUUGGGCCCCUAGGCACUGGCUCAGAUAUGCUCUUCCCUUCACCAUCUUCAUCUUCAUGUUGCUGUUCUAUCUGACGGGAGAGAAGCUCAAUCUGUUCCCACAGGUGGAGCCUGGAUUGAAAUCUGGUGAACUUCACUGCUUGGGCCCAGACAAGCUGCCAGGCCAAAUGGUGAGGCCUUUCAGAAAGAGUUUAACAACUGAGGGAGACCUACAGUUGCCCCAGUUUCUGGAUGGAUGGAGGAAACUGGUCAUGCUCCUGGACCCCCUGGGCACCCUCUUUACCUUUGCCACCCAGGAAGCCUCUGCAAAACUCUCAGUCCUCGAGUCUUAUUCCCAAGGCCCCUACUCCACCCAUUAUCACACCUUCUCUGCCAUGGCUGAUUGGGAGCAGGAUCCAUCUAAACAUUCUUCUGGUCUCCAUACGUUGGUGCUUCUGCACCGAGCCCUUCACUGGGCCCAGCUCUGCCUGGGUGGCAUCGCCAGAGUUCAGAACACAAACAUGGGGACUCUGUGUAGGGAAGCCUAUCAGAGUGUGCUGAGCCCCCACCACCCGUGGCUGAUCCGCCAGGCAGCAAACCUAGCCUUCCUCGCCUUCCCCAGUCAGAGCCAAAUACUGGCGCUGGUAUGCCCAGGAGACAGUGAGCAGGAGGCCCAGGAAGCCCUGUCUCAGGUAGCUGAUGUGCUGGAGGCUGUCUUCAACCGCACCCAAGGGCUGCUGGCUGAAAGGGGGCUGCUGACCGAGAGAGUUACUCUGAAGCCUACUGGGGACAGGUAGCAGGGCCACUGGAAGAACUCUGUGCUCCCCUACAGCGUGGAAACCGAAGGGUAGGAGAGAGGAAGCCAAUCGGAAGCAGCACUCAGUUCCUUAAGCACCUCCUCUCUCCCAUACUGACACUCCCUCUCAGCCCUGGAACCCAAACUCUUAGCCUCCAUUUGCAUCUUUCAUGAACAUCAUAUGAAAGAUGGACAUAGGGUAAAUAAAAUGUUUUUAGCA